AGUAUGUAAACUAUCUGCCAACACAACAGACCAAUACGGAAAUGCGCGGGAGUUGGGUUUUGUGUUUAUUUUUGUGAAUACUAGUUACAUCUGUUACAGUACGAGCAAAUGCAUUAUUUGGUUUUAUACUUAACUGCUAUUGCGUAUUUUAACUUACACAAUGGAGUUGAAACUCAUAGAAGUGGUUAGUGUGUCAUCUGAGGACCCCGCCCACCCUGCGGAGGCACUGCUGCGGCGUGAGAAGUGGCUCUCCGCGCCUGGCAGCAAGCCCAGCCACGUGGAAGCCGUGCUGCAGCUGAGCGAGGCGUCGGCCAUUGGCAGCGUCCACAUUGGGAACUGCGGGUCUGCCUUCAUCUCCGUGUUGGUAGCAAAGAAAGGCAGUUCGACUUUCACUUCGUUGCUGCCUCAGUCCUCGUUCAUGAGCGUCUUGGAUUGCAAGUUGUCCAAGAACAGGACCCAAGUUCGAAUGUUCAACCAGGACGACUUCCUGCCCGGGGCCAAGGACGAGACGUGGUCCCAGGUGAAGGUGCUGUGCUCCCAGCCCUUCAACAUGUUCGUGCAGUACGGCAUCAGCUUCGUGCGCGUCUUCUCCACGCCCGGGGUGCGCACCAACGGCAAGGAUGCGUCUCCCAGCAGGUUGCAGGCCUUCAAGAGGCUGUCCAGCCAAUCAGUCGCUGGCAACAAUGCGAGGAACAGCAGCCCGGGGGGCCUCCUGUCCCGCAGCGAGCGCCUGGUCCUCCAGUCGGCUGGGACGCUAGACGUGCCGUGCCGGAGCCCGCCACCGAAGAGGGCGAGCGUGUCUCCCGCGGCCGCGGCGCCCGUGACGUGCAAGGAGAAUGUCGUGGAAGAGGAAGACGAAGACGUGUUCAGAGUGAAAGCUGUCAGCUUCCUGGAAACGCUGGAACUCCAUAAGAAGAGUCUGCAAAACAUGGAACUUGGACAGGUUACGAAAGAUUUUGAAACUGCACGAGGCCGGCCACUGACCUUGGAAAAAAAGAAGAUCUUUACAGAAAUCUUACGUGAGUAUUUGAAGUCCAUUAAAAGAUUGCACGCUGAAGGGCAGUCGUACAGCCCAAAGAAUACCAAACGAAGCAACGGCUCGCAGUGUAAAACCCCUUCGCGACAAAGGCGCCCCGGAGAGACAGCCUGGAAGGACUGCGAAAGCACACCGCUUAAGGUCGUGGUGAAAAGCUGCAGCCCAGGAUGGCAGAGCAACGUGUUGAGGCCGGAUGCGGGCGACAGGGAGGUAGACCCGAUGACAGACAGGACUGCUACCCCAGCUAGGUGCCCUGGGGAUCACAUCCCGGCAGGCAGGGAGGGCCUGAGCGGGGACAGAAGGAUCACUGGGCUCAGCCCGAGAGAGCGUAGGAACAACGUGAGCUUAGACGACGUGGGCGAUGGAGGUGUGGACACUCCUCGUCGGGGCACACUUCCUUCCCCGUGCAGAGAGAAGCUGAAGAGGGUGCUUGCUUCCCCGACUCCGGUCCCAGAAUUCAAUCCGAAGAGACUCUGUGAAUCUCCAGUCACAGACGAUUGCAUGAUUGUGUCUCCGGCGACUAGAAACGAAGACUCAACGGAUGACCUGCUAGUCCAGUGUCCCAUCUGCAGCAAAUACUUUGAUGCGUCCGAGAUCCAGAGUCACGCAGAGAGCUGCGAGAGCUUCGUUGGUAUUGAUAGUGAAGACCUCACUGUGGUAAGUACGCAGUUCCGAGAACUGCAGGGUAUGCCAGCUAACAUGAACAUUCAGUCAUCAACUGUUGUGGCAUUCAGUUGCAUCAACAGUUGCGACAAAAUUAAGCUGAAAUGUUAAUUGCCCUACACCUGUCCCAACUGACAGCAUAUCAGGAGAUAAAAUGACAAAUAUUUCAGUGCCUUUCUGAUCGAAAUUAAUGUUUUGCUAGAAAUGAAGUGUGUUCAGAUUGUAUGUAGUUAACACAUGUCAUUGACAAGUCCACAUGAGAGACUUUUCAUAAUAACUUCAAGUGGUACAUUUAUCUCCUAUGUAUUGGCUUAGGUUACAAAAAAAAUUUGUAGUAAACAGUUUUAUCUGCUGUCAGGUUACAAAUUACAGAUUCUGUCCAGUGCAAAUUUUUAUGGUCUUUUCACAUCAUUUUGAAACAAACCUUAAUUAAUUAUGUUAAGUUCACUCCACUUUAAUUAAUACUAAUUUAUAAAAAUGUUAAUCAAAUCCUUCACACUGUCGCACUGUGGUGGGAGUAGCUUGGAAAUUUUCCAGCCAUAUUCACCCAAAAUGAUUAAUUCAUUUACUGAUUUUAAAUAGGUAUUCACUGUAAAAUACCUGGCCAGUACAUACAGCAGAUGUUACUAACAGUUAGAUCAGUUGUAAAUUACCUAUUUGAAUGAAUCAAAAAGUGAAACAAGUUUAUUUAUUCUUCCCCUCCCUUUCCUGUUUUUCCUCCCUUCAAAACCCUCUUUGUCUUAGUCCUGAGUUUAUGGAGUGCAAUUUUUAUAUUCUUCCUUUGAUUUUGCUUUUUUUUUUUACUCUGCUUUAUGGCCCAGCUCAUUUUGUAUUGUUUUAUUGAUAUAUUUUUCAUUCUUAUUUCAGAACUGCCCGCUCUGCAGUACGAAAAUAAACAAAGACGAAGCACGUUCCCACGCAGACUGUUGUGCUAGAAAGAUGUUUGGAGACUGACAAAUAUUGGAUAGUAAUUUCAUCACACCUACCAAAGUGCCUGAGGAAUACUUUAUUUUUUUUAAUUUUAAUGGUUAAUUUUUUAAAAUAAAUGUAUGUAUAAAUUUA